GAUGGCGGAGGCGGCUGUCAAUCACCUGAGAAGACAACAACCAAGUCUUAUUCCGAGUCUUAUACCGACAAUGUUGUGCAUUUUGUGUAAAUCCUGAUUAUAAUCACAUUUAAACACUAGACAAAAUAGUAGGCAAAAUAUGUUGUAUCAAUAAGCUGUUAUUUGUGAAUAAUUGCACAAUAUACAAAUACAACGAGGUAUUUGCUAGGUAUUUGCUGCUACUUCCGCUUGAAUUAUAUAGUAUAACUGAUUAAAAGAAAGCCGACUGUUAAUUAAAAAGUAAAGAAAAAACUAUAAUAAAUAUUUACACAAACAAAGUAACAAUAUCAACAUACUGGGCAUAUCCUCGCCGUCUAUAAACAGGAGGCAGGAGCAUUCCUCUUUAGAGUCGCAGCAGUUUAAUUUCACUCAAUUUGUAAAUAAUAUGAUUUUCGGUCAUUUAGGUCAUUUCCGCCCUACUCAACUACCAGCUGGGGGCAGUAUUUAUUUUCUAUGUUGAAGUCAAAAGAGAGAAGAAGUAGACCCAAGUAGAGGAGUGUGUGAAUUCAUAAUAAUACUUUGACAAAUAAUUACACAUAACGUACAGGAUAUGGCACAUUUCCGAGGACAGAUUCGUGGGCCACACUGGGGCGCUAAAAGGGACAACAUAUUGAUAGAUUUCUGGAAAAAGCACGAAUGUCUGUUUAACUCCUCGUUGGAGUCUUUCUAUGACAAGGAAUUGAAGACGAAGCUGUGGUCCGAGUGCGCAUUUUUGAUUGGAAAAUCUGGUAGGAAUGAAGUGUCUGAUGUUGAGAGAAGAUCCAGAUCUCUGCGAACUCAGUAUGGACGGGUGUUAUGCCACCCAGAGAAGGUCAACACUUUUCAACAAAGGAUGCUGAGAGAGAAAUUGAACUUUCUGAGGCCGUACAUUGUUCGUAGACGAAGUGAUUGCUGUCCAGAAGAUGAGCAUGAGGAGGAGGACGGCGAGCUUGAGACUGAGGGGAGUGUUGAUCACGAGACAGGAAGUACACUGGAUGCUGAUGAGACACUUGAGGACAGGUUUACAUCUGGGGCAUCCACCUCAAAUCCUUCCAGCUGUCCAUAUACACAACAUAAUCCCGCAGAUGCCACGUCCUUAAGCUUUGAGCCUCAUGGUGACAAAGUUUCACCAGAUGUUUGUGAUCCAUUAACAGCAGCAAGUCUUUCUAAAGAACACAUACUCCAGCAGUUUGUCAACAUCAUGCUAGCAGAUAUGCAACAGAUUAAAAACCAAAUGGUGCUCAUGAAACUUCGCCGAGAUAUCACUGACCUGGUGUUCAAAGCGGUGGAGGAGGACAUGCAGGGACGUAUUCAGGUGUACUUUACGCAGCAAGGAGAAAGCGCACCGCUCCACAGCUCCUUCAGAACCCAAGCGUCAAGUUCGCACAGAAUUUUUAGGAGAAAGAACAAGGGGCCUGAGAAGCACAUCGAGAGGAUGGGUGGCAGUGUCCCUCAGGCUGUGGCACAAGUUUCUCAGAUGAAAUUAGAACUAGAUCCACAGGUGGUUAAAAACGAGGAGGAGACGCUUCCUGUGCUUUGAAGUUUUAAUUUUUUUUAAUCUAAUUAUGUUUUGGAACGCAUGAUUCUGACAGGACUCUCAAAUUAUAUGUCAUUACUUCGUCAUUACUGUGAUUUUAAGGUCAUAGUUUGGUUCAAAAGGCGAAACUUUUGGUGAUCCACCUUCUCCUUGGCACUAUGGCUAGCCAUGACACCCCCUGGGGCAGGGGUGGGCAAAUAUUUGGACUCGAGGGCCGCAUUGAGUUAACAAAAUUGUCUGGGGGGCCAGAACAUAUACGUAUUUAACACACACACACUAUUUUAUGCUUAUCAUUUUCCUUGAAUUAUUUGUCUAAUUUCAUCUGUAAAAGUGUUAUCCUGUAUCAGUUGUAUGUUCUCAUGUCCCUUUUUUAGGAGCACUUUAAACAUCACACCACAUCAAACUAUGUCAUUUAAUUUUACAGUUUUGUUGUUUAUUUUUUACUAAAUCAGACAUCCGACUUGCAAGUCAUGUUGCCAGUUUGUAUGUUAAAAGUUGAAGUUACUUAGAAAGCAACUGGCGGGCCGGAUUCAAACGCUUGGUGGGCCGCAUGUGGCCCCCGGGCCGUAGUUUGCCCACCCCUGCCCUGGGGGGUGCACACCUGCCAACAUGUAUGAAUCUCUUGUACUCAGCAUGCAAUUUGACUCUUGAAUGCGCUUGUAUGCUUCACAGCUCUCCAUUUUGUUGCAUUUCACUGGUUUCAGUUUUGAUUUCAGUCCAGUACAGAUCAAUAAAUACAUACGAGU